AUGACGGGGCCACCUCCAUUGACAGGUCUUCAUGUCUUGGAAUUCGCUGGCCUAGCUCCAGGACCCUUCGCUGGCCUCCUCCUCGCGGACAAUGGAGCUUCCGUCCUCCGUAUCGAUCGUGCGAUCACCAAUCUCACGCAUUCAUCCUCCUCUGAGCUCCCUCCACCAACCAACGACCUCCUCACGCGGCACAAAUCCUCGAUCGCUGUCGACCUUAAAUCCGCUUCUGGGAUCGCCCUCAUCAAGUUUCUCAUCCCACACACAGAUAUCGUUAUCGACCCCUUCAGACCCGGGGUCCUUGAGAAGCUGGGACUCGGGCCCGGUGUCUUUCUCAGUCUCAAUCCGAGGAUAAUACUCGGGCGCAUGACGGGAUUCAGACGCGACGGCAGGUACAAAGAUAUGGCCGGGCACGAUAUAAACUACAUCGCCGUCUCAGGGGCAUUGGCAAUGCUGGGACGCAAAGGAGACAAACCUCUCCCACCUGCGAACAUCCUUGGAGACUUUGCUGGUGGAGGAGCGACAUUGUUCCAAGGCAUCUUACUUGCGCUAUUGGCAAGAGAGAAGAGCGGAAAGGGUCAGGUGGUAGAAGCCAAUAUGGUGGAUGGGAGCGCCUAUCUUGUUACGCUUCCCAGAAUGCUAAUGAAGACGCCGAUGUGGGAUAGACCAAGAGGAGAGAACACCUUGGAUAGUGGGUGCCCAUACUACGACACAUAUGAGACGAAAGACGGCCAAUAUAUGGCUGUUGGGGCGCUCGAGCCACAGUUCUUUGCGGAGUUGAUCAAGGGAUUGGGAUUGGCUGGUCGGGGUAUUGAGAAGACAAGAAACGACAGAAACACGUGGCCUGGGCUGAAAGCCGCCUUCACGAGGCUUUUCCUGCAGAAAUCGAGAUCGGAGUGGGAGAAGGUGUUCGACGGUACCGAUGCCUGCUGCACGCCGGUUCUCGACUAUCGAGAAUUAGAAACAGACCCAACCAGAGAGGGAGAUCAAAGGCCGGCAGUCACUCUGCGAGACACUCCCGGCUUGGCUUUAUCGGAAGGCCCACUAUCGAGAGACCCUGCUACAGGGCAAGGCCCUGGAAUCGAAGGGGGAAGUUUUAGCGGUGUCGUACUUUCCCCCGGCGAAGGUGGUGAAGACACGCUGAAGGAGUGGCUGGGAUGGAAAAGAGGUAAAGACUUCGAAGUGGAGAACGGAGGCCUGGUAAGGAAACCAUCUUCCAAAUUAUGA